AAAGUUCGGCCCCGCCCCGCUUCCGCUCGCUGACUCCAUCGGCCUGCGCUGCCGCCGCCAACGCCGCUCGUGGCCCGGCUUCGCUCCUAGUUCGCCGUCGCCUUCUCAGAGUGCUGCCUCACAGGCCGCCAUGGCGAACGUGGCUGACACCAAGCUGUACGACAUCCUGGGCGUCCCGCCCGGCGCCAGCGAGAACGAGCUGAAGAAGGCAUACAGAAAGUUAGCCAAGGAAUAUCAUCCGGAUAAGAAUCCAAAUGCUGGAGACAAAUUUAAAGAAAUAAGUUUUGCAUAUGAAGUAUUAUCAAAUCCUGAAAAGCGAGAGUUAUAUGACAGAUAUGGAGAACAAGGUCUUCGGGAAGGUAGCAGCGGAGGUGGUGGCAUGGAUGAUAUUUUCUCUCACAUUUUUGGUGGAGGAUUAUUCGGCUUCAUGGGUAAUCAGAGUAGAAGUCGAAAUGGCAGAAGAAGAGGAGAGGACAUGAUGCAUCCACUCAAAGUAUCCCUAGAAGAUCUGUAUAACGGCAAAACAACCAAACUGCAACUUAGCAAGAAUGUACUUUGUAGUGCAUGUAGUGGUCAAGGUGGAAAAUCUGGAGCUGUCCAGAAGUGUAGUGCUUGUCGAGGUCGAGGUGUACGCAUCAUGAUCAGACAGCUGGCUCCGGGAAUGGUGCAGCAGAUGCAGUCUGUGUGCUCUGAUUGUAAUGGAGAAGGAGAGGUAAUUAAUGAAAAGGAUCGCUGUAAAAAAUGUGAAGGGAAGAAGGUGAUUAAAGAAGUCAAGAUUCUUGAAGUUCAUGUAGACAAAGGCAUGAAACAUGGACAGAGAAUUACAUUCACUGGGGAAGCAGACCAGGCUCCAGGAGUGGAACCAGGAGACAUUGUUCUUUUGCUGCAGGAGAAAGAACAUGAGGUAUUCCAAAGAGAUGGGAAUGAUUUGCACAUGACAUAUAAGAUAGGACUUGUUGAAGCUCUAUGUGGAUUUCAGUUCACUUUUAAGCACCUUGAUGGGCGUCAGAUUGUGGUGAAAUACCCCCCUGGCAAAGUAAUUGAACCAGGAUGUGUUCGUGUAGUCCGAGGUGAAGGAAUGCCACAGUAUCGUAAUCCCUUUGAAAAAGGUGACCUUUACAUAAAGUUUGAUGUGCAGUUUCCUGAAAACAACUGGAUCAACCCAGAUAAGCUCUCUGAACUAGAAGAUCUUCUGCCAUCUAGACCAGAGGUUCCUAACAUAAUUGGAGAAACUGAGGAGGUAGAGCUUCAGGAAUUUGAUAGUACUCGAGGCUCAGGAGGUGGUCAGAGGCGGGAAGCCUAUAAUGAUAGCUCUGAUGAAGAAAACAGCAGCCAUCAUGGACCUGGAGUGCAAUGUGCCCAUCAGUAAACUGCAGACAAAUUGCACAGGUGGAUUUUCUUUCCAUAUUUGCCUAAUUUGUUCUCAGCGAUCCAGCUGGAGUGUGAUCAAUCCAGAUGAACUAAUGGACAUCUGUUGGUCUCUGUGUAACUUUUUAAAUUGGUAUAGUAUCUUACAGAGUGUAUAAUUUAAACUAACCACAAAGCUUUACAUCUUCAUUUCGACUGUUCUGUAGCAGAAUAAAGCACUCAAAAGGAAACAAGACUCCCUUUCACACCUGGGUUAUAAGUUUCAGUCCUGGUAUCUGUGCUUGAUUUUUAUCAGUUCUGUGUAGAUUUUAUGUUUCAUAUUUUAAAUUUAAAUCCCACAUUGUAAAGUUUGUACAAUUUGUCCUGAAGCUUUGUGUUUGGCUGCACCUGCAUAAGCUGCUACAAAUAGAAUAAAGAAUCUCAUAGCCUGUAUCUAUCAUUUAGAUGCAUGGAAAAAUGGGCUUUGCACACAAUGGGUUUGGAGCUGACUGGGAACAAUGGAAAAAUUACAUUAGCAAUGGUUGUAAAGUUUUUUGGGUUUUUUUUAACCAUCUUGUGAAAGGUGUCUGAAACUCCAUAAUAAAAAGCAGUUGGUGUAAAUUAUUCUUUGUGUCACAUUUUUAGAAGGAAGAAUAUAUUUUGAACUGUAAAAUGUAUUCUUAAACUAAAGAAUGUAUCCUUAGUUCUGGUUUUUAAACAGUCCAUAGAAACCCAUUGGCCUGAAGUGUAUUCCUCAGGCACUUGCCCAUUUGUAGUUUUUAAAGACAAAAGGUUGGUAGAAACAGGCUUUAUUGACUUCAAUUGAUGCGUUGUAGAGUCAAGGACAUCUAAGUUGUAUAACUUGUUAAGUUAUGAUCCUGAACAUUGGGGCUAGCCCAGGCCUCUGUAUCCUCCUCCUCCCUUUUCAAAAUAAGAUAAUAGUGAAUUUGUAGUAGAACCAUGUUUGCAUAGAACCUGUUAAAUUGCUCUUUUUUCAUUAAAUGUUAAGUUAAAAGAU